AUGUCCCGGCAGUCCACCAUCACCUUCCACAUGGGCAGCCGUCGGGGUUUCAGCACCGCCUCGGCCACCACCCCAGCUGCUGGCCGCUCCCGAUUCAGCUCUGUCUCAGUGGCCCGCUCUGUGGGGAGCAGCGGGGGACUGGGCAAGAUCAGUGGUGUUGGAGCUGGCUUUGGAAGCCGCAGCCUGUACAACCUCGGAACCAAGAGGGUCUCCCUUGGUGGGUGUGGGGGCAGUGGCUUCCGAAACGGCUUUGGUGGCAGGGCUAGCAGUGGGCUUGGAGUCAGCAGUGGAUGUAGCUAUGGUGGUGGCAUUGGUGGGGGCUUCCCGGCCUGCCCCUCAGGAGGCAUCCAAGAAGUCACCGUCAACCAGAGUCUCCUGACACCCCUCAACCUACAAAUCGACCCCACCAUCCAGAGGGUGAGGAAAGAAGAGCGUGAGCAGAUCAAGACCCUCAACAACAAGUUCGCCUCUUUCAUCGACAAGGUGCGCUUCCUGGAACAGCAGAACAAGGUCCUGGAGACCAAGUGGAACCUCCUGCAGGAACAGGGUUCCAGGACCGUGAGGCAGAACUUGGAGCCCAUCUUUGAUGCUUACAUUAAUGACCUCCGACGGCAGCUGGAUGGUGUCACCACGGAGAGGGGAAGGCUGGAUGCAGAGCUGAGGAACAUGCAGGAGGUCGUAGAAGAUUUCAAAGUUAGGUACGAAGAUGAGAUUAACAAGCGCACAGCUGCUGAGAAUGAGUUUGUGGCCCUAAAAAAGGAUGUGGAUGGUGCCUACAUGAAUAAGGUAGAACUGGAAGCCAAGGUUGACUCUCUCACGGACCAGCUCAACUUCCUCCGGAUGGUCUUUGAGGCAGAACUGUCCCAGAUGCAGAACCAGGUGAGCGAUACAUCCGUGGUGCUGUCCAUGGACAACAACCGCAGCCUGGACCUGGACAGCAUCAUUGCUGAGGUCAAGGCUCAGUACGAAGACAUUGCCAACCGCAGUCGGGCCGAGGCAGAGUCCUGGUACCAGACCAAGUAUGAGGAGCUGCAGGUCACAGCAGGCAGACAUGGCGACGACCUUCGCAACACCAAACAAGAGAUCUCUGAGAUGAACCGGAUGAUCCAGAGGCUGAGAGCCGAGAUCGACAGCGUCAAGAAACAGUGUGCCGGCCUGCAAACAGCCAUCGCUGACGCUGAGCAGCGUGGAGAGCUGGCCCUCAAGGAUGCUCGGGCCAAGCUGGUAGACCUCGAGGAGGCCCUGCAGAAGGCCAAGCAGGACAUGGCACGGCUGCUGCGAGAGUACCAGGAGCUGAUGAACGUCAAGCUGGCCCUGGACGUGGAGAUCGCCACCUACCGCAAGCUGUUGGAGGGCGAGGAGUGCAGGCUGAGUGGAGAGGGGGUGUCUCCAGUUAACAUCUCUGUGGUCACCAACACCGUGUCCAGUGGCUAUGGUGGUGGCAGUGGCAUUGGAAGUGGAAGUCUGGGUCUCAAUGGGGGCAGCAGCUAUUCCUUUACCACCAGUGGUGGGCAUAGCCUGGGCACAGGCCUGGGGGGCUCUGGCUUCACUGCCAGUAGCAGCCGGGGCCUGGGAGCCAGUGGUGCCAGCGUCAAGUUUGUAUCCACCACGUCCAGAAAGACCUACAAGCACUAA